CUACCUGAUUAUAGGACAGAGACAAGAGACAUACUGCUUCAUGCUUUUCAAAAUGGACUCAGGAAAGUCGUCGCUCACCCUGCUGUUUUCUGCCAGUCUCUUACUCCUCAGUGCAUUGCAAAUAGGGCAAUGGGCCUCCAAGGUGUCGUUCCUUACGUCCAGCAAAGAGUCAUCUCCAGUGAUCACCAGCUCGUAUGACUGCCACCACGAGUACACCAUUGAGUUCCUUUCGCUGGAUCCGCUGGUCAUGUACAUCAACAACUUCAUCAGUGAAGCAGAGAUCAAUCAUCUGCUGAGUCUCCCAGGGGACAAAUGGAAAGAGUCUCUGGUCUACUUGCCCCGCGACGGCCAGUGGCAGUCUGACCUGGACAAGCACUGGCGGUCCUCAAAGUCAUCUAUGGUACCGGCACGGGAUCCAGUGUCUCGCUGUCUAUCCAAGCGGAUGAGGUCGCUGCUAGGAAACAUCCAGCAUGAAGCCACCGAGCCUCUCCAGCUGGUCCGGUACGAUGGCGGAGAACGGUUUCGCUUGCAUCAAGACUGGCUGGAGACUCCGAUCCUGGAAAACUUCACUGCGACUCCAUCCCUACGACAAUACAAUCGGCUUCUGACCAGCUUUGUGUAUCUGGAAGACAACUGCACAGGUGGCGAAACAUACUUUCCCCUGCUAGUGGGUGUUGGCCCGAGUGCCGACGGGGAGAAAUUCUCACGAGCCGAAAAUAACGAAGGGCUGCUCGUGAAGCCAAAGCGCGGAAAUGCUGUGCUGUGGAACAAUAUGUUCAUGAACGGAACAGGAGAUCGCCGGCUGCUCCAUUCCAGUUUGCCAGUCAAGUCGGGACGGAAAAUCGGCAUGAAUUUGUUCAGUCUGUUCUACCUGGACCAUCCGAUUGUAGGGGAACCGGACAAUGUCUGAUGAAAAUGAAAGUGUCGUCCAAGUAUAGUUUAACUAG